GUCCAUUCUGAACAUAGCUCCCCUAGCGGAGACUUCGGUCGUUACAUGCAGCCCGCAAAGCAGGGAGGGCGAGCGCUAAAGUUGACUCUCAAAUUGAAUUCUGACCACCUGUGUGGUCUGGUGGUAGAGCGUCCGUCCGGAGGGUGGAAGUUCUGGGGUUCGAUCCCCGGCCGCGUCAUACCAAAAGAAGUUAAAAGAUGUGAACAUUAUAACAUCCACAAGUUAAUAAUGGAAGUACAAAGCCAACAACAGAAUCCUGGCUCUGUUACUGAAACAUGUGUAGUCAGGGACUGUGGGAGUGACUUGCUGGACAAAAGUGACACCGAGAAAGAAUCUGCCAUUGACACACUGGAAACAGGUGAUCUCAAGGAACAAUCUGCCAUUGAUACACUUGAAACAGGUGAUCUCAUGCAACAAUCUGCCAUUGAUACACUGGAAACAGGUGAUCUCAUGCAACAAUCUGCCAUUGACACACUGGAAACAGGUGAUCUCAAUAAACGAUCUGCCAUUGACACACUGGAAACAGGUGAUCUCAAGGAACAAAAGGCAAAGCAGUUUCAAAGGUGUAGUGAGCGUGGGAAAACUUUAACACAACCAAGUAAUCUGAAGACACACAUGAGUAUUCAAAGUGGAAUCAAGCCUUACCAGUGUGGUGAAUGCGGGAAAGGAUAUACAUACUCAGGUAGCCUGAAGUCACACAUGAAGAGUCACAGUGGAGUCAAGCCUUAUCAGUGUGUUCAAUGUGAGGAAACGUUUACACAAUCGGGUAAUCUGCAGAAACACAUGAGGAUUCACAGUGAAAUCAAGCCUUAUGAGUGUGGUGAAUGUGAGAAAACGUUUACACAAUCAGGUAAUCUGCAGAAGCACAUGAGGAUUCACAGUAAAAUCAAGCCCUAUGAGUGUGGUGAAUGUGAGGAAACGUUUACACAAUCAGGUAAUCUGCAGGAGCACAUGAGGAUUCACAGUGAAAUCAAACCUUAUGAGUGUGGUGAAUGUGAAAAAAGAUUUACACUACCAAGUAACUUGAAGACACACAUGAGGAUUCACAGUGGAGAGAAGCCUUAUCAGUGUAUGGAAUGUGAGAAAAGAUUUACACUAUCAAGCAACCUGCAGGGACACAUGAAGAUUCAUACCGGAUCCAAGCCCUAUCAGUGUGGUGAUUGUGGGAAAACAUUUUCAUUCCCAGGUAACCUAAAGAGACACAAAAGGAUUCACAGUGGAAUCAAGCCUUAUCAGUGUGUUGAAUGUGGGAAAGAAUUUUCAGAUUCAGGCAGUCUGAAGGCACACAUAAGGAUUCACACUGGAAUCAAGCCUUAUCAGUGUGUUGAAUGUGGGAAAGGAUUUACACAGUCGGGUAGCCUGAACACACACAUGAGGCUUCACAGUGGAAUCAAGCCUUAUCAGUGUGUUGAAUGUGGGAAAGGAUUUACGCUGUCAAGUUACCUGAAGAAACACAUGAGGAUUCACAUGAGGUUUCAUAGUGGAAUCAAACCAUAUCAGUGUGGUGAAUGUAAGAAACAGUUUACAGAUUCAGCUAACCUGCAGACACACAUGACUAUUCACAGUGGAGGGGCGGUCGGGUAGCCUGGUGGUUAAAGUGUUCAAUUCCCGCCAUGGGUACAAUGUGUGAAGCCCAUUUCUGGUGUCCCCCCGCCGUGAUAUUGCUGGAAUAUUGCUAAAAGCGUUGUAAAACCAUACUCACUCACUCAUUCACAGUGGACUAGCCUCAUCAGUGUUCUGAAUAUGGAAAACAAUUUACACAAUCAUCUAACCUGCAGACACACACGAGGAGUCACUGUGGAACCAAUUGAAUAAAUUGAGUUUUAGUGUAUUGUAUACAUUACAACUGUUAAAUGAUAGAUCAAUCACUUGUUAUUAGUUAAUCUUUUAAUCAUGUUAAUCCCUGCUUUGGCUUUUGACACCAUUGGUGGGGUCCAUCUGCUCCAGAUGAGACUCCCUGCAUAUAAACUGAUGGCCAAAAGAAUCUCUACCAUAGUUUUAAAUCACUCUAAAAACCCACAAAAGUUGAAUGCAUGAAGUAAAAAGUAUUGAAGAGAUCAAAUUCUCAACAUUUAAUAUGACGGUUAUACAGCAAUCGAUAUUGGCAUGACAGUUACCUGAAUUGAGGUUGGGUAGCAUUAUACAAGCAUUCAAUGCAAUGGAAAAAGGGCACACACUUCUUAAAGUGCUGGAGUACAUCACAGUGUACAUGACUACCUCCUGCUUUAAAACAUGCAAAAACUCUGGACAACAGAAAAGGCCUUUCAUCUGAUGUCAUGUGGGUAAAAGUCGCCAUUUUCCUGAGACGACCUGUAUCAGUUCUCACUGGUCGCCUUCAGGAUGUGGUCACUGUCAAACACGACAGUCCAUAACAUAACAGAGGUGUUCUAAGGGGGGACAUGCCUGGGAAGUGUGCAUGCCACGGCAAUUCCCUGAUGUUGUUGGCUGCAAACAAUUUUUGUACUAUUCUGGCUGUUUUUGGUCUGGCAUUGUCAAGCUGAUAAAGGACACCACAUGAGAGUUUUUGUAGAAGUGGUAGGACUACAGGACAAAGAAUGUCAUCCUUGUAAAGUAGAGAUGUCUAAUUUCUGACGACGAUGACCAGUGGUGUACUCUCCUGCUGACAAGUUCUUCCCUGCACCAUAACAUCCCCCUACACCUUUCGGCAUGACUUGAACGCAACAUGCCACUGUUCGUUCUCCCCUUCAGAAACCCUGCCUUCCUUCAGCUGUGAACAGACAGAACUGACUUUCAUCAGUGAAGACCCUCAGCCAGUCCGGCCUCAUCUCAAUCUCGACGACGAUGUUGUGCAGUCAAUGGCUGUCCACUGUAAGGUCUGUAAGACAUAAUUCCUUGAGCCCAGAGUCGCCUGCCUGCCUAAUAACCAUAUGUCCUAAAGCAUUCGUCGCUGAUGACGUCACAGUCAGGAAUUGAUUCUGGAGGUGCAACGUAUGCAAGUACCGGUUUUCAUUGGGCGUAGUUACCCUGAGUCUGCUGCUCUUGGCCUGUCUGAUGUCUGCUUGGUCUGUCUUUACCAUUGCAUCAGGUUAGUCGAAGUAACAUGGGAGCAACCAAAAGUUCCAUCAAUGUGGGCAUGGCUGUCCCCCAUCAUACCAAGGUCCUGCUGGCAUUGUUCAUGUUGUUUGGGUGUCAGUCGUGGCAUUUUUGUAAUAUUUUUUUUAUCAGCAUGAGUGUCUGACAUGUAAUUUCAGCUCCCUGAGUGUCACGUUUUUCACUCUUUCGCAUUUUCUACAAAUUAAUGUGUCAUAGAUAAUUGUUGUGUUUGGGCGAUGUGUUGUCCAUUGAUUUAGUUUGAACUAAAGUUUGAUUUAAAGUCAUGGUUUUUGCAAUUACAUUUUUGAAGUGGUAAAAAUUCUUUUGGCCAUCAGUAUAUGUACAAAUUAUAAUUAUUUAGAGUAUACAGAGUGACUCAUCUGGUGCUGUUAUUGGAUGAUUUUUUGUAAGAUUUUUGUUUUUAAAUCAUCUUGUGAUUAAAACUGACCAUGUAUUUCUAUAUUUAGUGCUGUCUUUUUUAACAUUAGGACUCAUGCUAAAUGUGAUCACAGAUACUUUCAAACAAGUGACAUUUAGUGCAGAACUCAGAGUGGUGUGUCUUGCUUCCUGUGCUUGGAAAAAGAAGUGACUAAGCUUGUCAUUGUCUUUGUUUUUGUUGCUGCUUUGCGGUCAGACUGUGCACACAUGUACAUAUAAUAUAAUAGCUGUUGAAUACUUAGAUACCUUUAAAAAAACAUGAUCUAAGUACAAAAGGCAAUAAACCAUUUAUUCCUUUUAAGGAAAUUGGCAACACCAGAAGCGCUUGUUAAAUCUCCAACAUCAUCAUCAUCAUCAUUUAAGGAAGUGUAUGGGGUGGUCGGGUAGCCUAGUGGUUAAGGCGUUCGCUCGUCAGGCCGAAAACCCAGGUUUGAUUCCCGACAUGGGUACAAUGUGUGAAGCCCAUUUCUGGUGCCCCCUGCCGUGAUAUUGCUGGACUUAAGGAAGUGGAACCGUUCUUUUUGUGAAUGUCAAAUUUACUCCUAAACACCCAGUAAUCUAAGCAUGCUGAGAACAGCAUUGAAAUUUUUGCACACCUUGAACAUUGAAAUCUGGUUUUGUGCCCGGAUCUGGUUACAUGGGCAAAAUGUAAUCAGUGACACACACCCCAAUUUCAGCAGCGAUAUGUGCCUUAAUAUUUCGUGUCAUUUUGCUUUUGUCGCUGAUAAGGCCCCAUUUUUAUUGCUUAUUUGCUAGAUUUAUAUUGUUAUCUGAGGGGUCUGUCAUUUUUUCUGAUAUUUAGCCUCUGGAUUCCAUUUAUUUUGCAUUUGUUUUAGUAUGACAUGAUAAAAUUGAUCAUAAAUAGAGUAAAGAUUUGAGGACAUAAUUGAUUUAUUUCAGUCAUGUGUUUUUGUAUGAGUGUGCUUGUAAAAAUGUCAGAGAUAAAUGGCAUUAUAAAAAUACAGAAGAAUAUGAUUCUUGUGAAACCUCUACCUCUAUUAUAUCUUUGCCCUAAAUCCUGUAUUUCGGCUUCAGUCACACUGACUUAAAUUUUCAGAUUCAGACAACCUCUUCACUGUCAAUAACACAGUUAGUUGUUCCCAAAUAGCACUGUAACCGCCCAAGCUAUGGCGUGAAUCUCAGUGUUUUCCUGUCAACACCUAUUGUUAUAGUUGUAACGAUCUAGCACUUGGUAUUAGUCACAUUAAUCUAAGAUUAUUCUAAUAGUUUUUUAUAAAACAGACAGUAAGUAAAUAGUUAUAGCUGCUAACUGGAGUGAUGAUCGUAUGCACGUGAGCAUGGUGAGUAGAAGCUGAUGUGUGGUGUGUUUGCGAGGUCGUAAUGGAGUCUCAUUCUACUCCCGGUUGCAAGAAGUGUGGUCGGUUUAUGAUCACGGAAAAUCCUCAUGGUAACUGCUGGAGGUGCAGAGAAACAAUAUGCACAGAGGAGGCAAGAUGUGAAGUUAACCUUCUUAAAGUUAGCUGAGGCUGUAACUAAGGCUAAGAGGCGUGAAGCGGCCAAGAGAAAAGUUGAAGUCAUCACGGCAACCAACACUGAUCAGGCCUCUGAUUCUACCCUAAAACCUUUUACUCCUACUCCAGCAAAACAGUCAUCUCCCUGCACUCUCCAUGAGUCUGAUACAACAACUAUUCAAGCAACAGCAGGAGAUGAUAAAGGCAAUGUUUGAUCACCAUCAAAUGACGGUACCCAAUCUGCCGCAUGGACCACACGGGUGUCAUUGAGAUUUCCCUCUACCACUAUCAAACGGGUCCUCUGUCUUGCUGUAAUCCCACCCCAUACCAUAAUGCUACCGCCCCCGAACCGAUCUUUUUCCAUGACACAAUGAUUGACGUAAUGUUCACCUCGACGUCGGUACACUUGAAUCCGAGACUCGUCAUUGAAUAGAACGUGUCCCCACUGCAUGGCAGUCCAGCAUAGACGCUGUCUGCACCACUGUAAACCUCCUUGAUGGUGGUUU